CCCGCAUCCCAAAAUCCCCAAAUCCCAGGAAACAUCCCAAAAUCCACCCCGCCCCGGGGACCCCCUUUGGGACCCGCGCGGCUCCCGCAGCUCCUCGCGUCAUUCCCGAUUUAUUCCCAGCCGCCGCUGCUCCCGGAAAAACCGGGAUUUGGGGCGGAACCGCGGCUUUUCCAUCCCCAAAUCCCCCCACGCCACAUUCCCGGUGCUUCCAGAGGAUCCCUGGGAUCGGGGAGGGGGAGGUUCCAUCCUGGGGCUGCUCCCAAAAUGUCACCGCUCAUCUGAUGCCGAGGGAAAAACCGGGAAAACCGGGGAAACCCGGGGAAAAAACCGAGGAAAACCGGGGGAAAAAACGGGGAAAACCGGGGAAAAAACCGAGGAAAACCCGGAAAAAACGGGGGAAACCGGGAAAAAUGGGGAAAAAAGGCAGCGGGAGCCGAGCCCGCGGCUCUGCGGCAGCGCAGGGGAGGCUCCGCUGCGGCCGGGGGGAGCGGGGGGGGAUUUUCGCCGUCCCCGAUGUCCCCUCCCCGCUCCGGGAGCAGCGGGGCGAUGCCGGCGCUGGCGCUGCCGCCGCUGUGCCCUGUCCUGUGCCAGCCUGGGCUGUCCUGUGCCAGCCUGGGCUGUCCUGUGCCACCCUGGGCGCGCCGCAGCGCUGGCACCGCGCGUCUCUGGCUCGCGUCCCUCCGGCACAGCGCUGCUCCCAGGCCAUGGCGGACAAACCCGUGGAUUACGGCGUCCAGAUCCGCUUCAUCAACGACCUCCAGGAGCCGCGGCGACCCCCGAGACCCCCGCGGGGCAAGGGUGGCACCUACGGGGUGGCCGUGCGGGUCCAGGGCAUCGCCGGGCAGCCCUUCGUGGUCCUCAACAGCGGCGACAAAGGCGGCGACUCUUUCGGGGUGCAGAUCAAAAGCGACGCCCCCUUCCCGACCCCGCCGGGACCCCCCGGGAGCGGCGGAUCCGAUUCGGAGCUUCCCGAAAAUCCCUACGGGGGGAGGCGGCCCCGGCGCGGCUCCGGCGGCAGCGAGGAGGGGGAAAUUCCCGGGGGCUCCCGGAGGGUCCCCAGAUCCUCGGGUGAGGAGCUCCUGAGUGUCCCCAAACCCUCGGCGGAGGAGCUGCGGAGAUCCCAAUCCCACGGGGACCUUCCCGGUGCCACCGCGGCUUCUCCCAGCGGGAUCCCGCGCGCCCAGAGUGGGAAAAACUUUGGAAAACGGGACGAGGAAGGCACCAAGGAGCCGGGGGACCCGGGGGAGGUGGACACGGAGCCGCUGUCCUCGGUGGAUUCCCUGAUCAGCAAAUUCGACGGGAAUUUGCCCCGGGGGCGAGCGGCGAGGAGGAGCCGCGGCCCCGCCGCUUCCCAAAGGAAGCGCUCGCAGAGCCUGGAUGCGCCGAAAUCCCGGGAAUCCAGCGGGGCCCGGCCCCAAGUCCCCCAAAUUCCCACCGGGAGCGAGGCGGGAAUGCGGGGACGGAGAGAGUUUGGGAGUGCGGAGCAGCAGAGCGUGGAGCUGCAGCUCAAAUCCACCCCGGAUUUGCUGCGGGAUCAGCGGGAAUUGGGCGGCAGCGAGAACCCCAAGGAGCUCAUUUACAGCAUCCUGAAGGAGGGGAGCACCGAGAGCGAAAUUUCCCUGAAGAGGAAAACCUCGCAGCUGCUGGAAAAAUUCCAGGAGCUGGCGAAUUCCGUCGGGGCUCCGGAAUCGCCGCAAUCCCAAAUCCAGCGGCUCCGGGGGGCUCUGGAGAGGAAAUCCCAGGAGCUGCAGCGAAGCUUGGCCGAGCUGAGCGAGCUGAGAUCCUCCAAGGAGGAGCUGGAGGAGCGGCUGGGCCACCUCGAGGGGCAGCUCCACCUCGACCCCAAAACCCACCCCGACACCCAGAGCCUCUACCAGGAGCUGCUGGAAUCGCGGCAGGAGCUGGAGGAGGUUCUGGGCUCGCGGCGGCGCCAGGAGCGGGAGCUGGCGGCGCUCAAAGGGGCCCUCAAGGACGAGGUGGCCGCGCACGACCGGGAGCUGGAGCAGCUGCGGCUGCAGUGCCAGGGGGACCUGGAGCGGCUCCGGAGGGGCCUGGAGGAGGCCUCGGAGGAAAAAUCCAGCCUGGAGUCGGAGCGGGAAAAGUUGGGAACUCUGGUGCGGAACCUGCAGCGGGAGCUGGAGGAGAGCGCGGAGGAGACGGAGCACUGGCGGGAACUGUCCCAGAAAAACAAGGAAGAGCUUCGGAAUUCCAAGCAGGAGCUGCUCCAGGCAAAGCUGGAGCGGGAGGAAUUCGAGGAGGAGCUCCGGGAACUCCGGGAACGCUUCCAGGCCACUCGGGAAGAUUUGGAUCAAGCUCGGAGCUGCGCCGCGGAUCCCAAAGAGCUGGAGGCGCUCCGGAAGGAGCUGCGGGAAGCGCGGGAGGAGCUGGAGAAGGAGCGGGAGCUCCGGGCAUCCCUGCGGGAUGAGGUUUCCAACCAGGAGCUGGAGCUGGAGAGGCUCCGGAAGGAUCUGGAGAAGCUCCAGGAGGAGCGGGAUGAGGCCGCCAGGGCCCGGCUCUCCCUGGAAUCGGCGCGGGAGGCGUCGGAGCAGGCGCGGAAGGUUCUGGAAUCGCGGCUGGGGGAGCUGCGGGAGCAGCACGAGGAGCUGGGCCGGGAAUUCCAGGGCCUGGAAUCGCAGCUGAAGGAAUCCGAGCGCCGCGGGGAAAACUGGGAAGGGGCCCAGGCCCGGCUCCGGGAGAAGGUGGCCAAACUGGAGGCCGAGCGCCGGCGCCUGGAGGAGUCGCUGGGCGAAUCCCAGGAGCGGGAGCAGGACCUGCGCUUAUCCCAGAGAUCCCUGGAGGCGCGGCUGGAGGAGGCGGAGCGGGGCCGGGCGCGGCUGGAGCGGGAGCUGCGGGAUGCGGGAUCGGCGCUCCGGGACGAGCAGCUCCAGCGGGAGCAGCUCCGGCGCUCCAAGGCCGAGCUGGAGGAGCAGAAGCGGCUCCUGGAUCGCUCCACGGAAAAGCUCAACAAGGAGCUGGAGCAGAUGGCGGCGGAAUCCCAGAGCUCCCUGGCCGCGCUCCGAUCCCAGCUGGAGGAAUUAAAGGAAAAAUCCCGGCGGGAACUCACGGAUUCCCAAAAAAUGGCCAAGGACCGCGGCACCGAGGUGGAAAAAAUCCAACAAAACCUCGGGAAGCUCCAGGAUGAGGUUUCCCGGCUCAAGCAGGCGCUCCAGGAAAACCAGGAAGAGCGGGAUCAAAUCCUCCUGGAUAAGGAGCUGCUGCUCCAGAGGCUCCAGAACCUGGAGCAGGAGCUGGAAAACCGGAAGCGAUCCCAGGACGAGCGAGCCCGGCAUUCCAAGGCGCUGGAGGACAAAUCCAAGCGCCUGGAAUUGGAGCUGGACGAGGAGCGGAGCUCGGUGGAGCUGCUGACGGAGCGAGUGAACCGGAGCCGGGAUCAGAUCGACCAACUCCGGGCGGAGCUGCUCCAGGAACGCUCGAGCCGCCAGGACCUGGAAUGUGACAAAUCCUCCUUGGAGCGCCAGAAUAAGGAGCUGAAGAACCGGCUGGCCGCUUCCGAGGGGCAGCAGAGGCCCGGGAGCAGCGUUUCCCAGCUGGAAUCGCAGCUGGAAGAGCUCCGGGAUCAGCUCCAGGUGGAGGAAAGGGAAAAGAACGUCCUGCUCUCCUCCAACCGGAAGCUGGAGCGGAAAAUCAAGGAAUUGUCGAUCCAGAUCGACGACGAGCGGCAGAGCAGCAGCAACCAGAAGGACCAGCUGAGCCUGCGCGUGAAGGCCCUGAAGCGCCAGGUGGACGAGGCCGAGGAGGAAAUCGAGCGCUUGGAAAAUUCCCGGAAAAAAACCCAGCGGGAGCUGGAGGAGCAGCACGAGCUCAACGAGCAGCUCCAGCAGCGCCUGAAAUCCCUGGAAAAGGAGGCCUGGCGCAGAGCCGUGGAUUCCGCGCUCCAGGACGAGCGGCUGAGCUCGGAUGAGGAAUUCGGCUCCGGCCCCUCGGCCAUCGCCUCCCUGCUCAACGAGGCCAACCUGCAGACCAGCUCCUGCUGAUUCCUGGGAAUUCUGGCGGCGGCAGCACCGGGAUCGGGUCCGGGAUUGGUGCCGACCUGGGAUCAGCUCUGGGGGCAGCCCUGGAAUUCCAGCCGGAUCAGUCCUGGGAUGCGGCUGCUCCCUGGGAAAAAAUUCCCAAAGCGAGGGCAUGAAGGAAGACGGGGCGGGACCCCCUUGGGGACACUUUGGGGACACUUUGGUCCCCUCCAGGCGGUGGCUCUGGAGGCUCCGAGGUCCCCAUGGGAAUCCAGGGAUUUCCCGGCUCCGGGGAUUUUUAUUUCCAACCCCCCCUUGGCCUCCUCCCGGAGCUGUUGGAAUAAAAUCCAGCGGUUUAAAGGC